AAAUAGAUAUAUAGGAGUCCCCUUCUGCAUUCGUAGACUUUGCCCUAAAAAAACAGUGCAAAUCUCGAACAUACUCACCGCCGUUUCUCUCUCGUCCAAAUUUUCUCGUCGGCCAUCCGCAGCUAUUCUGGUGCAAAUGAGGGGAAGGAGUUACAGUCCAUCACCACCAAGAGGUUAUGGAAGGAGAGGAAGGAGCCCAAGCCCCAGGGGUCGCUAUGCUGGUCGUAGCAGAGAUGAUCCGACUACUCUAUUAGUUCGCAAUCUUCGCCAUGACUGUCGGUCAGAAGACCUCAAAAAGCCAUUCGGGCAAUUUGGCCCUGUCAAGGACAUUUACUUGCCGCGGGACUAUUAUACUCG